AUGAGCAUGGCUGGCGCCCAACAGCAACACAGUCGUGGUGGUAAGAAGGAAGACGACAACGAUGUAUUGAUGCGUUUGCCCGACAAAGAAAUCGUAGGAUGCAUCAACGAUAUUGGAAUCCCGUUGAACACGGCCGACCUCGCGAAUCCGAAACCGCAACAUAUCCAGAUAGUCUUUGAACGGUUCGCGGAACUGCUCAUGAAUGUGACUCGAGAAACUGUCGAGCCCGGAAUGCAUGCAGCUACAGACGAAGUCUGCGGAGACUACCUAGAUAUUUUCCCCAAGGAGACCCGUAACCUCAUGGGGCUCCUCAUUAGUAUCCAAAGGCUGCCGUCGGAGGUAUCGGUGAAUCCUAGUGAUCAACAAAAGGUCUUAGUAAAAUACCCGUUUUCUCAACCACCGUGGUGGCAAAAAUAA